AUGAAGGAACAAGGCUCCUUCGACGACCUCCGCGAUGACUACGCCGCUCAUGAUCGCGCAGAGUCCAGCGAGCCACUCCUCAAGGAGCAUCUCCCGCCCCUCCAACCGUCCUUUUCGAUCCACCGCGUCUUCCGCAUUAAUCCAAGACUAAGACGCCUCAUUCUCAUGGCGUUUGCUUCGCUCUCUACUCUCUCUCUCAUUACCUUCGCCUCCGUUUCCAUAUUUGCGUCCCGCCCGGACACUCUUGGUACCGUCCCACCUCCCGAGAAUAUCCAGCCCGAGACCGGUGCUCUUGAGACCAACAGCUCAUCUCUUGCCAUCCAAGACAAGGUUGCAGAUACGCCUUCACAUUCACCAUACGUCCUCGGCCCACCUACCCAGCGUUUCCGCGACAACCUCCGCAAUGACACCCUUUACAUCACUUCCUGGAUCUCAGCCGGUUGGACCAACGACGUAAUGACUUAUGCCAAUCUCAUCUAUCUUGGCGUCCUCACGGGCCGCGUGCCCCUCAUUUCGGUCUUUACGCCCUCUCACGUUGGCGGCGAGGCCGGAAACAUUCCCUUUGGUGACGUUUUCGACGUUCCUCGGUUUAUACAGGACUCGGGCAUCGAUAUCAUUGAGUGGAGAGAUGUCAAAGAUCCGUACAGUCCUCAGCUCGAGGACAUAGGCUGCUGGAAUCUUUGGGAAUCUGUGCAGUAUCACGAGCACGCUCCCAGAAUCAGCUCGAUCCCUGAUUGGUUACAGCUAGACAUAUCGUACACGAGGACACCGGAAUGGGUUAAGAUGAUACCAAACUACGAGCAUGACCAGCACAGCACGUUCUGGUCUGUCGCUCGAUUUGGCUUCUCAGAAGACCGUUCCAGAUACCUCGGCAAUCCCUCGCCGUCCCCCCACCACCAAGUCACCCUCGAUCCCGACGAGCAGGUAUUAUGUUUUGAUUACCUGUAUUACUUGUGCGCUCAGCAGUCGUUUGAAUACGAGUACGAUUAUGCCCCUGCGUGGCGAUUCGUAGGUACCUAUCUACGGUGGACGCCGCGUAUCGAGGACCUAGCCGCGUCGUAUGUCAGGCGAUCAUUCGGUCUGCUAGAAAGUGAUGCUACCCCUCCCUACAUAUCGAUUCAUGUUCGACACGGGGAUUUCCGUAGUUGGUGCCCCUCAACCACCGCCCCCGAAGACUGCUUUGCUCCGAUCUCCGCCAUUGCUAGGCGCGUCCAAGAGGUGCAGGACGAGAUACGUGAGCGCCAUUACGUGUCCAUACCAGAUAACAGAGUGAUUGUGACGACGGACGAGACUGACGAAGCGUGGUGGGCCGAUGUGACGUCGCGCGGAUGGGUCAGGAUCGAUCAUGAUGCGUGGCAGACCGCGCAGACAUACGGUAAAUGGUAUACGGUUAUUCUUGACGCUGCUAUCCAGUCGAACGGGCUUGGAUUCAUCGGCACGGACCGCUCGACAUUUACGACGUUAUCUCGACGCCGAGUACACGAUUGGCAUGCUGGCGCGACGCGCGUUGUCAAGUGGGGAGUGAAGGAUGCCGAUGCCCACUGA